AGAAGAUAUUCAGUGCUCUGAAUAUUACAAGUCUAACCUUACUUAAAGAAGAUGUUAGUAGGCGGUUAGUAAACGUCAAAAUCUGAAUUGCAGCGUCCGCGCGUUCCUACGUUCAAACUAUAAAACCAAAUAAAUAUUGUACAUUUCAGAAACAGAUUAAAUAGCGGUUACAUAAAUCCGUUAGCCAACGCACGUGCGUCAUACAAACAAUGUCACUCGACCAGUUUCACUCCGUAAGAAAUAUCAAUUAAGUUGAGAGUCACAACGAAAAUGCAUUUUAAUUGAUUAACGCGUUCAUUAAACAGUUACUCGUCAUAUUAGUUCUGGUAUCAAAACUAGUUAUUUUGAAACCAAUGGAUGGAGGAAACAUUUAAAAUGUGGCUCUUAUAAAUACACUGAAUUCAUGUAAAAUGCCACGAAAUUACUUUUGCGUGGUUUUCUUAAUUCUCAUUAGUCGUGCUCAUGGAGAUAUUGAAGACGAGAUCCACAGCGUCUUCAAAAACAACACCACUAGGAAUGAAUUCGCGAACCUUCUCCACUCCCUCAUCAAGCUGAACGAGCAGCGCGUCACCGUUCUGCAGAAGCUGUACAAGCUUGAGGAUUAUGGAGUCCUGUCAGAGGUCCUGAGGUCUGGGAAUGGACGAACCGAGAAUGAAAAGCUGAGGAACCUGUUCCUCGUCGUCCUUGCCAAGGUAGGACUAGAAAUAAAGCAGAUAAGCGGACUGCACACGACAAUAUCAAUGCCAGAAGUCAGGGCUGAAGCUGACCAGUCAGAACAGAGUGAUACCGAGGUAGCUGACGAUGUGUAUGAAUUGCUGGGUCUAGUUGUACUGGACUACGACACAUUAACAAGGAGGCAAGUCGAACAACCUAUCGUAAUACCGAAACAAGAUAAACCAAAUCUAAGAUCACGCAAACACAAGAAAAGUUCACACCAUUCGAAGAGCAAAAAGAAAUCUAAGAAAUCAAAAAAAUCAAACACCUGGGAAAAACCUAGCAAAACAAAAACAAGCACAAUUCAUGAAGACAGCAAAUCGAGUAAACCUAUUAUAAGCGAUGAUGAUGAUGAUGAACAUAAUAUCUACAAUAAAGGUCCUAAAGAUAAGGUUGAAGUGCCAACCGAUAAAUCUCCCCUAAGAGUGGGAGAUGGUUCAUUAGAAUACGAGAAUUCCAAAAUGCUCAGGAGCAAUUGCUUGUCAGACACGGAGAAACAGAUGCAGAAGUGUUUGAGAGCUUGUAAUAGGACACACGAGGACGUUUGCGAUCGGUUAAAAUGCUCGGCGCGUUCAAAAAGAGCGUUGGCUAAGGAGUGCAAGAACAAUUGUAAGAAUGUAUUCGAUCCCAGAGUGUGUUACCGACGGUAUCUGGGGAUACAGAAGUGA